UGGUUCCGUAGACCAGCGCCUUAUCCAUUGGGCCAUGAAGUCUAAUUGUGAUAGAAAUUUAACACUUUACAUUACUAAACAAGACUAGUAGUUCACAAUAGCAGAUUCUUCAACUUUAACCAUGGCGUAGAAUUGUAUGUCAAGUGACCCGGUCAACCUACCUGCCCGACUUUCUGCUCUGCACCGGCAUAGUUUCCCCAACAAAGAACACACACCACCAUUACUUAGUAUCUUGUCUCUUUACCUUGUCGGAUAACAAUCAAACUAAAUAUGAAAAAGAAACAAUCUUUGCGAAACAAAGCCACCCACUUUGUAUCUCUCCUUCUCAACCCCAUCUCUGAUCCUGAUUCUCACCAACAUCCUCCAUCUUCUUCUUCUGAAGAAAUAGGUGAGCUUAAAAUAAGUGAUGAAGAGGGUAAUAAUAACAAUCAUGAUUUAGUUGAUGGACCUGAUACUUCGUCCUUCACUGCCUUUCUCUAUUCUUUUAUGUCUUCUUCAAACUCUAAAGAGAAUGCUAACUCAAAUGGACUGAAAAAUGAUGAUAAAGGUAAGAAUAGCCCUUUAACUGAUUCAUCUCUGAAGGAUAAUGGUGGGAGGAAAAGUUUGUUUUCUAGAAGUAAGCAAUCAGUUGGUAGUGCUAUUCGCCGAGCUGCCAGAAUCGGUGGAUUUCGCAAUCACAAUCGAAAGGAUAAUAAUGAUAAUGAUCUUGAAGUGAAACAUCAAGAUAUGAGGAAAGAAUCAUUGCCUGUGUCUUUGGAUGAUUUGCCACGAAUUUCUGAACCUUCAGUUCUUGUUUCCGAAAGUAUGAGGAAUGUUCUCUAUGCUUCUCUUCCACCUCUUAUGCAUGGAAGGAAAUGGUUGUUGCUAUACAGCACUUGGAGGAAUGGUAUAUCACUUUCGACUCUUUACCGUAGAAGCGCGAUAUGGCCUGGAUUGAGUUUGUUGGUUGUUGGAGAUAAAAAAGGAGCAGUAUUUGGAAGCUUGGUUGAAACACCUCUCAGACCAUCCAACAAGAGGAAAUACCAGGGAACAAACAGUACUUUUGUUUUCACAAAUAUCUCAGGUUAUCCUAUCAUAUAUAGUCCAACAGGCGUUAACCGUUAUUUCACACUUUGCAACACUGACUACCUAGCUAUUGGCGGAGGAGGUCAUUUUGCUCUUUAUCUAGACAGUGAUCUAUUGAAUGGCUCAAGUUCGGUAUCUGAAACUUUCGGGAAUCCUUGCCUUGCAAAUUCUCAGGACUUUGAAGUCAAGGAAGUAGAGUUAUGGGGCUUUGUACAGACUUCAAGAUAUGAAGAAGUGCUUGCAUUAAGCAGAACUGAGGCACCAGGGAUCUGUCGGUGGUGAACGACUCUGAACAUUUACGUAAAGAACAAUGUAGUGGCAACUGAGAAAGUUUCAUGUACAAUGUACUGAUAACUGAUAAAGUUUCAUGUUUCCAACUGUGUUUUAAUUAACAAACGUGUCUGUAAAUAUUUAUAAAGCCUGUAAAUUUUGCAAUAUUUAUACAGCCCUAUAAAUUUUGCAAUUUCAAUAA